UCGAAAAUUUGAGAAGAGUUUAAACAGCGGAUGACUCGUAAGAGAGUCAUGACUGUUAAGCUCGGCGAAGUCAUUUCGCCGGAGGCUAACUGGUCCCCGCCUGGGACAAAGAUGGAUUGGCGAAGUGUGUCGACCGGCCAUAUGAAGGUCCAGAUUGGACGGCAGGAGUACUCGGCACUUGUGGAUGAUGGAGCCGAGAUGAACAUCAUUCGUGAGCGCCAUACCAUCGAAGCUGGGUUGAAGAUCAAUCGAGAUGACUAUGGGUUCUUGGUGGGAGUUAGCGGAUCAACUUCAUUCUGCGGAACAGCCAGUGACGUUCUCGUCACGGUCGAAAAAGUUAAGGUCCGUUCUUACUUUUAUGUGUUACCUAGAGUGGAACACGAGGUGCUGCUCGGAAGGGCAUUCUUAUGUCGGUCGGAAAGCAUCAUCAUUAACAAGCAUGAUGGAACCAUGUUUGUAAUUCUUUGCGAUCCUGUCUGCGAUUAUUACGAAGUGGUCAAGUGUGCGAACACUGGACCCUAUUGCUCGCGGAACCGGCUGAACCUGGAGUCCUAUAGCUUUCCGGAGUCAAAAAAGUUGAGAAGGGAGAAGGAAUUGCUAGGGGAGGAGCCGAAUCCUCGUGAGUUCUCGCUGACCCUGCCUGAUAUUGGGCAGGCAAUCGAUUUCGUGUCGACACAUGCGGCGAUCGAUCCAAAUGUGGUGCAAGCCUUGACGGAAAUCAUCACGGACACCGGAAGCACAGGAACUAUGCACCUUGUUUACUCCCAGCUUGACACCGGCACCAAAUGUAAGUACAAGAAAGUAGGCGUGAAGGCGAAGCCGGUGCCUAUUCUGAUCACUCAAGAGGAGGAAGUCUAUUAUCGUGAGGAGCGUGAGUGGAUCAGAGAAAUGAAAGAGAGAGGUGAAAAGGGGCCAUGUCGGUUAACCAAAGAAAGAGUGGAAAGUAUGAUCAUAGGGGAGGAGGACCUCCUUACUGAGCAGGAAAAGGGAUACAUCAUCGAUAUAUUGAGGGAGGAACAUCUCUCCUAUGCGUUUGAUGAUGAUGAGCGAGGAAGGCUGGAUGUCGAUAAAAUCCUGAUGAUCAGAGUUCAUACUGUACCACAUGAGCCAUGGAAUGUAAGAGGGCCACGUUAUCCGAACCGGGAGGAUCACCGUAAGGUGGUCGCAUACCUCGAUGGAAAGAUCCGGACAAAGGUUGCAGAUUAUUCUUACGGGCCGUAUGCAUCUCAAUGGUUCUGUUUCAUCAAACCGAAUGGUACUCUGCGAUGGAUUCAGGACCUCCAAAAGCUGAAUUCGGUGACAGUGCGAGAUGCAGAAGGACUUCCAUAUGCAGACCUACUGUCAGAAUCUUGUGCAGGAAGGUCUAUCAUUACCCUCAUCGAUUUAUAUUCUGGGUAUGAUCAAUUCUCGAUUUACACUGCGGAUCGGCCCAAGAUGGCGAUGCAUACUCCUCGCGGGUUGAUCCAUAUGUGUAUGGCACUGCAGGGGUGGACAAAUGUCGUUGCCAUUGUUCAGAGAUAUAUGACGAGGGUUAUGCAGCCUUAUUGUCCUAACAUAACUUCGCCGUAUAUUGACGACUUGGCUAUCCCAGGGUGUCAUACGAAAGACCUGGUGGAGGUGUUGCCAGGCAUUCGCCGAUUUGUCUGGGAACAUAUCAAUGAUGUGGUGAAAGUUCUUAAGAGGUUGAAAGAGUUUAAUCUCAUAGCUAGUGGGAUUAAGUCUCGACAUUGUAUGAAGAGAGCCGUGAUCUUGGGAUUCCUUUGCGAUGAGAAAGGUCGCCGGCCGGAUGCGAAGAAGACUAAUAAAAUUUUGGAAUGGCCGACCCCUUUCAAGUCAAUCACGGAUGUGCAAAGUUUCCUCGGAACCUGUGGAUUUUGGCGCAUCUUCAUCCGCAGGUUUGCCGCCAGAGUGGAGCACUUGCGAAAGCUUGUGCGCAAAGGCCAGAAGUGGGGAUGGGGUCCGAAGCAGCAAGCGGCCGUGGAAGACAUAAAGACUGAGUUCCGUGAGGGCGGAUUGAUCCUUGGAGUUCCUUUUUUCGACGAUGAUGAAAAGCGUUCUUUUGUUAUUGAGACUGAUGCGGGGCCCACAGCCCUAGGAAAGGUCUUGAUUCAGAAGGAUGCUGAGGGGCAAGAAAAACCUCUCAGAUUUGAGAGCAGGACUCUGAAUGCUGCUGAGAGGAACUAUUCUCAUUUCAAGAAGGAAACCUUGAGGUCUAACAUCUACCACCUCGAGCCUCUAAAUCCACGUUAUGUGGCAGAACCGGGCGCAGUGGUGCAUUUGGAUCUCCUGGUAAUGCCACCUAGGAUAAAUGGGUACAGGUAUAUCUUCGAUGCUAGGGACAAUUUGACUGGGUUCGUUGAUGGUUGUGCCAUUCGCGAACGUACUGGGUCAGUCUUGGCAGAGUGCAUUGAGGAAUAUUACCUUCGUUAUCCAUUUAUUCAAGAGAUUGUUAUGGAUCGAGGAGACGAGUUUCGAGCAAAGGAGGUGCAAACGCUUUUCAAAAGGCUUGGGCUGAUUCUGGCUUUUGUCUUAAGCUAACCAAGGAAGUUGUAAAGUAUUAAUAAAAGCAUUGAGAUUGA